AUGGAUUACCAAUACGAGCAGGCGAGCGAGGUGGAAGCUUUAGACUCUAUUUAUUAUGGAGAUAUGCAAAUUAUUGAAACAAAACCCUUCCACAAGUUUAGUAUACCUAUCAAAUCGGAAGGGUUUGAUGAAGGAGAAGGGCUCGCGUGUCAACUAGUCUUUACAUAUACAGCCAAGUACCCAGAUGAGGUACCUGUUAUUGAAAUAGAGGAUGAAGAAAACUUUGAUGAUGUAGUGGAUAAAGAUGAGCUGCUCUCACAUUUGACAGAACAGGGAAAUGAAAAUUUGGGCAUGGUGAUGGUGUUCACAUUAGUAUCAGCUGGACAAGAGUGGCUCAAUGUAAGAUGGGAUGCCAUCAAGAAGGAAAGAGAAGAACAAAUACUAGCCAAGAAGAAGGCUGAGGAAGAGGCGGAAUUGAAAAGGUUUGAAGGUACAAGAGUAACUGUGGAGUCCUUCCUAGCAUGGAGGAAACAGUUUGAGAUUGACAUGGGCAUACCCGCUAAAAGAGAGAGGGAACUAAAGGAUAAGAACAAGCUUACAGGCAGGGAGCUGUUCUUGAGGGACACUACACUCAAUGAGUCUGAUCUUAAAUUCCUUGAUGAUGGCGAUGCAGUCAAAGUCGAUGAGUCACUGUUCCAAGACUUGGAUGACCUUGAAAUAUCUGAUGAAGAUGAUGCCGACUAUGUUCCGGGACAGAGUGGCAGUGAGAGUGAUUAG